AUGGCCGGACGCCAGGGGCUGGGCCACAGCGCCCCGGGCCUGCGCGAGGACCCAAGGGCGAUCUGCGGGAACGUUCCAGGGCGCUCGAUCGAGGCCGCCACAAGCUUCCCUUUGCAGACUUGCCAACCGCUGCGAGGCCGCCGCUCCGAGGCGCUGCGACAGCCGCCCAUCAUCGUCCUGCAGCGGGGCGCCUGCGGCCAAGGGCAGGAAGAUCCCAAUAGUCUGCGUCAUAAAUAUAACUUCAUUGCUGACGUGGUAGAGAAGAUCGCUCCCGCUGUGGUUCACAUCGAGUUGUUCCGCAAGCUUCCUUUCUCCAAGAGGGAGGUGCCGGUGGCCAGUGGGUCUGGCUUCAUCGUGUCAGAAGAUGGGCUGAUCGUGACCAACGCCCACGUGGUAACCAACAAGCACCGGGUCAAGGUCGAGCUGAAGAACGGAGCCACCUACGAGGCCAAGAUCAAGGAUGUGGACGAGAAGGCUGACAUUGCAUUGAUCAAAAUCGACCACCAGGGAAAGCUGCCCGUUCUGCUGCUGGGCCGCUCCUCAGAGCUGCGGCCGGGAGAGUUUGUAGUCGCCAUCGGAAGCCCCUUUUCCCUCCAAAACACAGUCACCACGGGGAUCGUGAGCACCACGCAGCGAGGUGGCAAAGAGCUUGGGCUCCGGAAUUCAGACAUGGACUACAUCCAGACAGAUGCCAUCAUCAACUAUGGAAACUCCGGAGGCCCAUUAGUGAACCUGGAUGGCGAGGUGAUUGGAAUCAACACUCUGAAGGUGACUGCGGGCAUCUCCUUUGCCAUCCCGUCUGACAAGAUCAAGAAGUUCCUGACUGAGUCUCAUGACCGGCAGGCCAAAGGAAAAGCCAUCACCAAGAAGAAGUACAUUGGUAUCCGAAUGAUGUCGCUCACAUCCAGCAAGGCCAAAGAGCUGAAGGACCGCCACCGAGACUUCCCAGAUGUGCUCUCUGGGGCGUAUAUCAUCGAAGUCAUUCCCGACACCCCGGCAGAAGCUGGCGGUCUCAAGGAAAAUGAUGUCAUCAUCAGCAUCAAUGGACAGUCGGUGGUCUCCGCCAAUGACGUCAGUGACGUCAUUAAAAAGGAAAAUACCCUCAACAUGGUUGUCCGCAGGGGCAAUGAAGACAUUAUGAUUACGGUGAUUCCAGAAGAAAUCGACCCCUAGGUGGAGGCAGGAGCUGGACUUCAUGUUCCCUCGAACACUGUCUAGUGGAUGAUGCGUGGGGACUCUGGGCUGGUGGCAGAGGACACCGGGGACUCUGCGCCACCGUCUCCUCGGUUCGGUGGAAAUGCCCUGGCCUACAGAAUCCUUCUUGAUAGUUUGCAGGCAAAACAAAUGUAACGUUGCAGAUGUGCAGGCAGAAGCUCCGCCUCUGUAUCCUAUGUAUGCUGCGUGCUUGCCCUCGCCAGCUUGGGCCGCUCCUGCGUAGACAGUCAACAUUUGUCCCUUCCUUUAACUGAGCUGUCGUCUUAAUCCGACUAAUGCGGUUGACGUGGUGCGUAGAUGAGAGGAAGGCCUCUGGGAACCAGAAGGGUUCUGGCCCUGGUGACAUUUCCUCCGAGUCAGCACCCAGACGAGGUGGACGCGUGGAGACCACGGGUGGCGAGCCCUGGCUUCUGAGCUGGCCAGAGUCGCCUCUUUUAGGAAUCUCUUCAGAACGGGGGAGCAAGAUGACGUUGAAUUUGAGCUAUUAAAGUACUUCUUCAUA